UUUGUUUUCCUAAUCAAACAUCUAAUUUACCUCGUCGGCGGAAACGAAAAUUAUUCCCUUGUCUCGCUCACGUCUAACAACAGCUGAACGAUCUCUUGACCUGUAAUUUAUACUUUCAACUUCUUAGAGCUAUUGUACGCGUAAUUGGUUUGUACAAUGAAAGUCAUUAUCUUGUCAUCUCUGGAGUGACAAUUUUCGCGACUGCACCCUCAAUGGACCACAAAUUAAUCCCCUCCAUGUCAUCUCCAGUAUGCUCCUCCCAUCGUAAUAAAUCCCCAAACCUGUUAGUUUAUUACAAUGGAGUAGACAUCUUAAGACAAGUGUAUAGUUAUCAUUAAGUAAACAGUGACUUUAGUUAUUGAAAAUAAAUAAUAUCACGUUCCCCUCCAUUUGUGAUUUUGUUCAGACUUGCAGUAUUUUUGCAUCAUCAUUGCAAAGUCUGAAACACAAAGCUUUCUGCCAAAAUGUCGUCUCAAGAGAUGGAGAAAAUUGUUAAAUUGUACAGGUUGAUUGCACAAAAUCCGGGAUUAUCUUCUGCGAAAAUUAUACGCACGAAUUCCAGUGAGAUUGGGGUGGAGACUACAUGGAGUCAGAGGAAUUUGGAGAGAAGUAUUUCUCAAACAUUCAAAGUUGAUUACUCGUUGACGAGCAAAUUUGAAGUUCGAUCGCAGAGCUUUCCUGUUGAUGUGACAUCUGAACUUGCUUCCAAGACCAGUAAUGACAACCAGCGCAAAGCAAUCCUGCGUUCAGCCACAAUUAAAGGAAAAGAGUCGCCGACUCAAUUCAUCGAGAUCUGGGACACACGUUGCCAGAUAAAAAACUACGAUCUCUCCUCGUUGGACGUUCACGGUGAUGUCUACACAGACACCGAGUUCGGUUCAUUCCAGUGGUCACCAGACACCACAAAACUCCUGUACAUUGCUGAGAAGAAGCUGCCGAAGUCCGAGCCUUUUUACAAGCAAAAGCCACAGGAGAAGAAGUCAGAGGAUAAAGCUGACGAGGAAGACAAGAUCUCUGCGGACACAACUGACGAGAAGUCCGAGGAUGAACAUCAGGAAAAAGACAAGAAGGCGGAGAGUAAAAGUGACAAGGAGACACCAGUGAAAGGAAAUGAGUAUAUCUACAAACCAGACUGGGGAGAGGCACUUGUGGGGAAGCAUCAGCAGGUGGUGGUCGUUCUGGACACCAUCACGGACAAUCUGACGGUUAUGCCAGGAAUCGAUGAGUCCCUGUCCCCUGGGCAACUGAUCUGGACACCGGAGGGGGAUGGGAUCGUUGGAAUCGCGAGGAACCACGAGCCUAGAUAUCUGGGUCUGAUCGCCUGUACAAACAGAGAAUCCUGGGUGUUCCUGUUAAAAGACAACAUUUUCCAGAAAUUAUCAGCCGAUAAUAGAGGAGUGAGAUCGCCCAGAUUCAGUCCAGAUGGUAAAAAACUUGUCUGGCUGGAGCGAGAGCUGAAUGGACCCCAUCACACCACUCACAGGCUCAUGUCGAUAGACUGGAAGAGUGAGGACAGGACCCCAAGUAUUUUGAUUGAUCUAGUGAAAACUAAAAUAAGCAUCAACAGAGGAGUUCCCUUCUACGGGCUUUACAAUCGAGAUUUUCCGAGGAGAUGUUGGAGCAAAGACUCGAAGUACUUAUUCCUGAGCACUCCCCAACGAUCCAAUGUCAGGUCUUAUGUGCUCAACACUGAAACGAAGGUUCUGACUCAGAUCGAUAACGAUGACACCAGUCUCGCGGUGAUGGACGUGUUCGACGAUAUUGUUUUGAUGUCAAACACCUCGCUGCUGGUGCCAUCCAGGCUGGUGGCCACAAGGUUCGAGGGGGAGGAGGGCAAAAUAGAAUUUAGUGGUAUCACUGAGGCCAGUGCCAUAGAGGGAGUGGAGAAUUUGAAGACUGAGAGCACUGAUUAUGUUUAUGAGGGGGAAGAGUCAGUGAAGGACUUCAAUUUCACGUAUUUGGGGCCCAAGGGCGGGGAGGAGAGGUCGAUUCCUUUGAUUAUUGCACCUCAUGGGGGGCCACAUUCAAAUUAUGCCAAUAUCUUCGGUCAGGAGAGUGCACUGUUAGCGCUAUUAGGAUAUGGAAUAAUUCAGGUGAACUACAGAGGCUCCACAGGAAUGGGCCUUGACAAUGUUGAAUAUCUCCAGGGAAGAGUGGGCGACGUGGACGUGAGGGAUUGCGUGACCGCGACUAGGGAAUCCUUGAAGAAAUACCCGUGGUUGGAUCCCAAUCGAGUGGCCCUCGCUGGUGGCUCUCAUGGAGGAUUCCUCGUCACUCAUCUGAGUGGACAGUACCCGAACAUGUACAAGGCAGUUGUGGCCAGAAAUCCAGUCAUUGAUAUCGCAGCCAUGUUUACAAUAUCCGAUAUCCCUGAUUGGUGUGCAGCAGUGACGAACGUCUCGUACGAUGACAUGUCAUCUGAAGAAACUACCGAGAUGGUUGUCAAAAUGUUCAAAUGCUCACCAAUUGUUCAUGCUCACAAGGUCAAAGCACCGACGCUCAUGUUACUUGGAAAAAAAGAUCGCCGAGUACCACCAUCACAGGGCAAACACUGGUAUCUCCGUCUCAAGGCCAAUGGAGUAAAAACAAAAAUGCUGGUAUACGACGACAAUCAUCCCCUCAGCACAGGUCCCGUCGAAAUCGACGAGAUAAUCAAUAGCAUAUUGUGGUUGAAUGAUCAUCUAAACGCCAAAGGAAACGAUCACCUCAAGAGUGAUUGAACAUCUCAACGAUUGUUGUUAUUAAAUGUGUUUUUUAUUACAAUUUCUUAAGAAUACAUAAUCAACUCUACUACAAAUUACCUUGAAUUACCACGUUUGUAAUAAAAUGCAUUUAAAUAUAAAUGUAUUUACAACAAAUGACGAA